AUUUAUAAAAAAAUGCGGAAAAUAUAGAGAGAUGAAGAAGAUGAUAUGUUUGUGAUAAAAAAGAACCAAAAAAAGAAAUCCACGAAAAAAGAGAUAAAAAAACCUAGUAGACUAAAGAAAUUAGAUGAUGAUUAUCAACCUGAAUAAAUAUAGGAAUCAUCAGAAUCUGAAUUACAAGCAAGUUCUGAUGAUGAAAGAUAAAAUAAGAAAAAACCUUAAUAAUCUAAAUCAAUAGGUGUAAAGAAGGAAAAUCCAAAGAGCAAACAAAAAGUAAAAUAAAAAGAUUAAAUGAAUGAAGAAGAUAACAAUAAUUAUGAACCAAUUGAAUAGAUGUUAACAAAGGAUGCUGAAGAAUUCUUUAAAACAGCUGAACAUUUGUUACCAUGUUUUGUAUAACCAGAAUAUAUAAGAGAUGUUGAAGGUAGAAGACCUGAUGAUCCAAAUUACGAUCCAUCUACAUUAGAUAUACCAAUAACCUAAUAUUAGAAAUUAUCUCCUAUGUUUAGAUAAUAUUGGAAUGCUAAAAAAGCACAUUUUGAUUCUUUAUUAUUUUUUAGAUGUGGAAGAUGGAUUAAUGUUAUGUAUAAUGAUGCUAUCAUUAUUGCUAAGAUGUUCAAUCGUCACUUAGGAUUCUGGGGUAAAGAUCGUCCUUGUUUAACUGUAUAUGAUAGUUAAUUACCAAUAUAUGAAAGAACCUUAUUAGAAAAAGGAUAUAAAAUUAUGUUGGUUGAAUAAUUGGAAAAAGCAGAUGUAGCUAAUAAAGAAGAUGGAGAAAUAGUUAAAAGAGAAAUCACAUAAUUAAUUAGUAGAGGCACUUUGUAAGAUUUAGGAGACUUAGAUUCUUAUGAAUCUAGAAAUCUCUUAGUUUUAGUGUGUUCUAAUGCUCCAGUUAAUUUAAAAGGACAUAAAUAUGUUUAUGGAAUAUCUAUUGUAGAUUGUACUACUAAUCAUUUUUUUCUCGAUCAAUUUUUUGAUGAUGAAUAAUCUAAUCAAUUAAGAUCCAUUAUUUAUAAGACUAAACCUCUUGAAGUCAUUAUUUCAAAAGCAACACCAGAAAUUGAAAAAAUGAUGAAGUAAGUAUUGAUCAUAAAAUUAGAACUAUUUGCAAUCCUAUUAUAAUUGCAUCUAAAAAAGAAUUUAAAGAAUGUGAAUAUAUUUUUUAAUAAUUAAAAGUGGAAUAUCUAGAAUAGAAAAUUGUUAGCAAAAAUAUUGUUAAGCAAUCUACAAAUAGUAGUUUUGAAGGUAUAGUGUUACCAGUUGAUAAAAUUGAACCAGAACAUCAAAUUGAUACAAAUAUCAAUCAAGGUUUGUAUAAUAAUCAAUCAGAUAACAUUGAAUUAGAAAAAUAUCAAAAAGAUGAAGAAUAUAUCUUGAGUGAUGAGUAUCCUUCACUUCUUGUAGAAUUAGAGAAACAAUAUUAUUUUGAAAAAAAACUAGCUUAAGAUGAUGAUGAAUCUACCUUCUAUUCCUAUUAUUUUACACUUUAAUCCUUUUAUAUACAAUUAUGUUACAUGAGACAAUUGUUAAUCCAUACUACUGUUUAUAGAAGAGGUAAAUUUCAAUUCCUUGAUUCUAAUUUUAAUUAGAAAUUAAAUCUCUAUCUAGAUUCUCAAGCUUUAGAAAGUCUAGAGAUUUUCGAUGUCAAUCUUUAAACUAAAGUAUCUUAAAAGGGAAGUCUUUUCGAAUAUCUGAAUAGAUGUGUUACACCUUUUGGUAAGAGAUUAUUAACUAAGUGGGUUUAGAGUCCUCUUUUAAAUCAUAAAUAAAUUUAAGAAAGAUAGGAUUGUGUAAGAGAUCUAUUGGAUUAUAUUGAACCUUGUGAUGAAUUUUAAAAAAGAUUAAAAUCCAUUCCAGAUUUGGAGAGAAAUAUAACUAGAUGUUUUAAUACUAUUCAUUCACAUAAACUUAAAGCUGUUCCUAUUACUGGAGGAGACAGUUUUGGUAAAAUUAAAUUAAAAGAAAUCACAUAAGUAAUUAAACACAUUAAAGCAGCUUCUGAAGCAUUCAAAGUAUUUGAAAGUUAUUUAAAUAAAUUUAAAUCAAAUAAGUUAAAGAAAAUGUUGAAUUAUAAGGAAAAUGCUUAAACUCUUAAUAGUGUAUUGAAGGAAUUAGAAAAAUGCAUUUUAAUUUAAGAUGGUGAACCCUAACCUGUUAAAGGAGUAUCACCAGAAUACGAUACAGCAUUUGAUAAGAUGACUGACAUUAUUGAUACUUUAGAUUAAGAAUUGAAAAAGUGGUAAUAGAAAUUUAAAUGCCCAUAAAUUACAUAUCAUCAUGGUAAAAUUAGAUAUUAAAUUGAAAUUCCUGAUAAAUGUCUAGAAUCAGGUUAAAAACCAAAAGAGUUAAUGAUUACAUCUAAAAAGAAAGGAUUUCAAAGAUUCUAGACAGAUUUUAUUGAAUAAUAGAUUUUUAAUUUAAAAGUUGUGGAAGAUGAAUUAUCAUAAAAGUUGAUUCCCUUUAUAAAUGAUUACUUUACAAAGUUUUAUUCUUAUAGAAAAGAAUUUUUAUAAUUGAUUUCAUUACUUUCUGAAGCAGAUUGUUUGUAAUUAUAAUAUUAAAUUUUUAGAAUUUCAUUGGCUUUAGUGUCUAAAUUGCAUAAGUUCAAUACAUUUCCAUAAAUUUUAGAGUAAUCUCCAGAUGAAGAUGAUGAUUAAGAGUUUAUUCUUGAAGAAGCAUAUCAUCCUUGUUUAUUAUAGAAUAGAGAUAUAAAUUGGGUUCCAAAUACUAUAAAAUUUAUAAAUUAAAUAGAUACUCUUUUAUUAACAGGUCCAAAUAUGAGUGGUAAAUCUACGUUAUUAAGAUUGAUUGGAGUAUAGAUUAUAUUGGCUUAAAUUGGAUGUGCUGUUCCUUCAAAAUCUUUUAAAUUAGUUCCUUUUGAUCGGAUUUUUUGUAGAUUAGGUGCAUCUGAUAGAAUGUUGGAAGGUAAAUCAACAUUUUUUAUUGAAUUGGAGGAAACAAAAACAAUUCUGGAAAAUUGUACUAGUAGAAGUUUAGUGAUAAUAGAUGAAUUAGGAAGAGGUACUUCAACUUAUGAUGGAGUAGCAUUAGCAUCUGCAGUUUUGAGAUAUUUAUCUUAAAAUAUAAAACCUAAAACUAUAUUUGCAACACAUUAUCAUAUACUUUUAGAUGAGUUUGCUUUAUUUAAGAAUAUUUAAAAAUGUGUGAUGAAACAUUAUUAAGAAAUGGAUAAGGUAAUUUUUGAAUAUAAAUUAAUAAAUGGAAUAGCAGAGAAGAGUUUUGCUACAAAUGUGGCUAAGAUUGCUGGUAUUCCAAAUGAAGUUAUUUAAAAUGCUAAGAAGAUGGAAUUAAAAAUAACCAAAGAAGAAUCAAAAAUAAAUAGAAAUAGAGAUAUCUUAUAAAAAUUCAAUUAAAUUAUUUAAUAAUUGUUAUGA